AUGCCUUCCCUUUCCUUUAGAAAGAACCUGCGGACGCUGGUCUCGCUGCUCCCGCUUUUCCCGUCGACUUCAGCUCACAUGUCGAUUUGGCAUCCGUCGAUGUACGGCGUCGGAGCUGGAUUCUCCUACGACGCAGGGGACCCGGUUGCCCCUCUUGGACCAGGCGUGCGGGAGAUGGAGGACUGGUGGUUUAGGGGACCACAAGCUCGUGCGCUCAAGCCGCAGAACGGCUCGGUCAUGGAGCUUCCCGCUGGCGGGACCGCUGAGAUUGAGAUCGCUUGCAACGUCGCCUGGACUGCGUACGGCUUGCGAACGACAAACCUUUCCGAUCCCCUGUCCGCCUGCCCCAACAACUACGGCGCAUACCAUGCGGGCGACCCGGCAGGACCGCUGGAUGAGGAGCUCCUCUCCGGCUGCGCACUCGCUGUCGCGUACAAGACCGAUAUCGAGGAGGUCGGCUGGGACGACCUCGUUAUUUUCUCGACGAACCAGACAUGCAUCCCAGAGCGCAUGCCACCUUGUCCCGGCGGUCACUGUAUCUGUGCAUGGCAAGUCUCGCCGCAGCGAUCCCAUAGCUCCUCGCGCUUACACGAUCUCUUCAGGUUAUGGCUCGCCAACAACGGCACAGCCAACUUCUACAUGACCGGCUUCGACUGCAACUUCACCGGCACGGAUCCAUUGCUCGCACGACCGCUCCUCCCGCCGGUCGACCCCGUGUUCUGUCCUACCGACAAUACAACCUGUACGCCAGCGACAGGCGCGAAGAGGCCGCUGUUUGCGUACAAUUCGCCCUCGAACGUCGUCUGGGAAGGGAAUGAUGCGAGACCGGGAUACCAUGCGAGCUGGUCGUUUACGAUAGACGGAGCGCAGGACGAUAUUUUCCAGGAGGACGACGAGGACAGCUUGCGAAGCUCAAGCACGCGCUCUACUCGUCCGCCUUCCACGGGCGCAGCCCAACCUGUCACGAACCGCCAACCAGCUUCAACGGCUUCGAGCCCGCCGGCCGCCUCCCUCGUCUCGCCAAAGUCGCCGCUUACCUCGCUCUCGUCGGAGACGAGAAACACCCUGCAACCCUACUCAACCAUACUAAAAGCUCCUGCAGCCUCCGCAGCUGGCAUCGCUCGCAUCGUCGGCGACCUUGAUGGGCUCCUUGGCAUGGCGGAGCAGAAACGAGACUUGACGCUCACGGUCGAGGAGCUGAGGGCGUCUGGUCAAGCGGAGGAGCCUAUCAACAGUGCAUCAAGGCGGAGACAAGGAAGCGAGCUGGUCCUCGCCCUUGUUCUCGCAAUCACUGUCUUGCUGUAG